AUGCAGUUUUUAAACAUUCUUCUAUUAGUCAUACUUAUUGUUGAAAUUUCCGCUGGUUCUUUUUUCAACUUUGGGAGAAAAACGACAACCACCACAAGAGCACCACAACAACGGGGUAAGUUUUUUUGAAAAUAAAUAUUAAUUAGUUGAGAAUUUAUUUUCAGGUUCAUCGUCUUCACGAUGUGAUUACCAGACGAAUCAAUGCUCGGCUUAUGAAUGCUGUAAUUCGAAUCAAUCUUGCAUCAAAAACAGAUGUUUCCCCAGACUUUCCGUUCGUAAUUAUUCACAAAAAGAAAAAUCGAUUGUAAAUUUUCAGAAUUGUCCAGUGACUCGUGAUCAAUGUGGAAAUUCUUGUUGUCAGUCAUCUUACACUUGUCGAAAUGGAGUAUGUUCAAAAUAA